AUGUCUGGCGUGAUCUUUUCCGUGCCCUCUUACGUGGAGUGCUGGUACCCUGCUCGAGUUGUCAACGUGAAUCCCCUCAGAGGCACCAUAUGCAUUUUAGCUCAAGCAACUGGAGAGCAAGAAUGCAAUAUCCUCAAUAUCGGGUGCUUUGCAGAGCUCAAUAUAUCGAGCAACUUCAACUCUUUUUUCAGAGUCUUUCCUGUGUUUAAUUAUAGCGGCUAUGAAGAUCCUGCCGAGAUCUGCUUCAGCUGCUUUACGAACAUGCCAAACAAUAAGCUUAAUGCAAUAGACCAAUGCGUCCAUUCGCUCAGUAGCUUAGAGGUCCUGUCUGUGGCAAUAUAUAAUCUAAACAUCUACACGUGGAUACCAAUAGGGCCCGUUACCAUCAACACCUUGGACUUUAGCAACUGCUAUGAAAAUAAUGUUGUGACGGUCACAUAUGACUACCUGACAUCUGCCUUAACCAUCCAUGGAAAGCCUACCUACAUGUGUUCGGCACUGACACGCGCGCAGUUACUAAAGAUCGCCCUUUACAUGGAAGUCAACUCCACUGCACAGUUUCUAUUCACCAACUUUGACCUUGCUCAGUUUUCGUUCAACAUGCCGGAAAUCCAAAGCAUCUGCAUCUUUCCCUGCAGAGAAGCCAUCUUUGCUGUUACUAGGAGGGCAGGGAUUGAUGGAGUAUUUACGUUAGAUUUCAAGAACUCCAUUUACGGCGGUGCCAUGAUAUUCCCUGUCCAGAAAGUGUUCAGCGACCGCGGGCACGCGUGCUUCAUCAACUUCUUGACCACCAUAGCCCCAUAUUAUAUUGGCACAAGCAUUGAGCUGCUCCAGACAGAAGACUGUUCCAAUAUUAGGGUGCCAGACGAUCAGCUAGUGGAAAUUCAAGUCGUGAUCUUCAACAAAAACUAUUCGUCAACUAUUCCAAUCUUCCAGUGGACGUCCUAUCAAGAAUUCAAGCUCCUCACACAACUGAGUUUUAUAUACACAAUUUGCCACGAUGCACCCAGAUUCACUUUAAUAUGCAACAUACUUACGCAGCUGAUCUCUUCCAAUAACAUCAUAACGUCUGAGGUCAUACUGACAUUCCCCAAUUACACCACGGGGGGUACCAGAGAAGACCUUGUCCUUCGCUAUCCCGUGCCCAACACCAAACUGGGCGCCUGGGGUUUCAUCAACGCCUAUGUGGCCAGCGACCACAUCUCCUUCGUCUCUCAGAAGCUCUUACAGCUACCAGUGGAUUCUAAUGCAGAGGAUACAUCCAUGAGUGAAGCGAUACUAUUAGUGAACGUGUAUCUGCAAAGUAAGAGCUUGAACAAUCUGACUAGAAUAAUAAGUUUAAAGGUUCCUGUUACAGAUUUAUCACCUUCCAAUUUUAAAUUCUAUUGCUCAGAUCCCACAAAUUUCCUAGCCUCCGCGUGCAUAGAGUGGCUGGCGCGCUUGCGAAAGGAUGAGGGAUCGUACACAAUGCUACUCACCUUCACUCCAGACUACGACAAUGAUAUAGAUUCAAUUUACCUAGUAACGCUCAUCUCAGUCAGUCCCGUCCUGAACGAUCUUUUGUGGCAGCUCCUUUUGCUGGGUCUGGCCGUCUGUGUCUGCAUAACCGUAGAACUGGUGUUGUUAUUGUGCUGCGAGAAAGAUAAAGAGAAGACAGACCCCAAUGGUGCGCGAAACCGGUGA